AUGAGCGGCGGAGGCCCGCCCAGGAAGCGCAACUUCAAGAUCGAGAUGUUCAAGCACCGGGUGGAGCUCGACCCCAAGUACGCGGAGCGGACAUGGAAGGUCCUCGAGCACGCCAUCCACGAGAUCUACAACCACAACGCCAGCGGCCUCUCCUUCGAGGAGCUCUACAGGAGUGCUUACAACAUGGUGCUUCACAAGUAUGGCGAGAAGCUCUAUAAUGGCCUUGAGAGCACUAUGACAUGGCGAUUGAAGGAAAUAUCAAAAUCAAUAGAGGCUGCACAGGGUGGUUUGUUUUUGGAAGAGCUGAAUGCGAAGUGGAUGGAUCACAACAAGGCAUUGCAGAUGAUCCGGGAUAUUCUAAUGUACAUGGAUCGGACUUAUGUCCCAACAUCCCAUAGGACACCUGUUCAUGAGCUUGGUCUGAAUUUGUGGAGGGAUCAUAUAAUUCACUACCCAAUGAUCCAUGGUCGGCUGCUUGACACCCUUCUAGAUCUUAUUCACAGAGAAAGAAUGGGUGAAGUGAUCAAUAGAGGCCUGAUGAGGAGCAUUACAAAGAUGUUAAUGGAUCUUGGUCCUGCUGUGUACCAAGAUGAUUUUGAGAAACCAUUUUUGGAAGUUUCCGCUAGCUUCUACAGUGGGGAAUCUCAAGAGUUCAUCGAGUGUUGUGAUUGUGGUAACUACCUUAAGAAGGCUGAGAGGCGGCUCAAUGAGGAAAUGGAGCGUGUCUCACACUACUUGGAUGCUGGCAGUGAGGCAAAGAUAACUAGCGUGGUGGAGAAAGAGAUGAUAGCCAAUCACAUGCAUAGAUUGGUCCACAUGGAAAACUCUGGCCUUGUUAACAUGCUUAUAGAUGACAAAUAUGAAGAUUUGGGUAGGAUGUACGCCUUAUUCCGAAGGGUUCCUGAUGGUCUAUCAACAAUCAGAGAUAUGAUGACUUCAUACCUGAGGGAAACAGGGAAGCACUUGGUGACAGAUCCGGAGAGAUUGAAAGACCCAGUGGAAUUUGUUCAGUGCUUGUUAAAUGAGAAGGAUAAGCAUGAUAAGAUCAUCAAUGUUGCUUUUGGCAAUGAUAAAACCUUCCAAAAUGCUCUGAAUUCAUCCUUUGAGUUCUUCAUCAACUUAAACAACAGGUCACCUGAAUUCAUAUCACUGUAUGUUGAUGACAAACUCCGGAAAGGACUGAAAGGGGCAACAGAAGAGGAUGUGGAGGGUAUACUGGACAAAGUCAUGAUGCUGUUUCGGUACCUUCAGGAGAAGGAUGUGUUUGAGAAGUACUAUAAGCAGCAUUUGGCAAAAAGGCUUCUGUCUGGCAAAACUGUUUCUGAUGAUGCUGAGAGGAGUAUGAUAGUCAAACUCAAGACGGAAUGUGGGUACCAGUUCACCUCCAAAUUAGAGGGCAUGUUCACUGACAUGAAGACAUCUCAGGACACCAUGCAGGAUUUCUAUGCCAAGAAAUCCGAAGAACUUGGUGAUGGCCCUACACUUGAUGUCCACAUCCUCACAACUGGCUCUUGGCCAACACAACCCAGCCCUCCCUGCAGCCUUCCACCUGAAAUCCUUGCAGUAUGUGAGAAAUUCCGUGGAUAUUAUCUUGGAACUCACAGUGGGCGGAGGUUAACAUGGCAAACAAAUAUGGGAACAGCUGAUAUAAAGGCCACGUUUGGGAAAAGCCAGAAGCAUGAGCUGAAUGUAUCCACUUACCAGAUGUGUGUUCUGAUGUUGUUUAACACCUCUGAUGGACUUAGCUACAAAGACAUCGAGCAAGCUACUGAGAUACCUUCCACAGACCUAAAGAGAUGUCUCCAGUCUCUUGCUUGUGUCAAGGGGAAGAAUGUUCUCCGUAAAGAGCCCAUGAGCAAGGACAUAUCAGAGGAUGACACAUUCUACUUCAAUGACAAGUUCACAAGCAAGCUUGUUAAGGUGAAGAUCGGGACCGUGGUGGCAGCAAAGGAAUCUGAGCCAGAGAAGCAGGAGACCCGCCAGCGAGUUGAGGAGGACAGGAAACCUCAGAUUGAGGCUGCCAUCGUCAGGAUCAUGAAAUCUAGGAGGGUCUUGGAUCAUAACAGUAUUGUAUCUGAGGUUACCAAGCAAUUGCAAGCACGGUUCUUGCCGAACCCUGUUAUCAUAAAGAAACGCAUAGAAUCUCUGAUCGAGCGCGAAUUCUUAGAGAGGGACAAAGCAGAUAGAAAAUUAUACCGCUAUCUUGCAUAA